AUUCGUGACAAUACCAUAUUUAAAAUUAUGGGUUGUAAUCAAAAUUAGGUAAGCCAAAGCAAUUACCAACCUCUUUUAUUUUUCACACAUUCCAUCACCCUUUUUCUUUUCCUUCAAGCACAUCCCUCCUCUUGUUGUUUGAGUAUUUUCUAAAACUAAACCUCACUUGCUCAAUACGUACUCUUUCAAGAGAUUCUUCAAAUAUCUAUAGCCUCAUCUUUAAACAUCCAUAAGAACCCAUUGCCAUCUCUUAAUAUUUUCUCAAUCUUUAAGCUAUUUUUUUUAAUCCGUUUUCGUCUGUUCUUCAUCAUUAUUAUUGUCAUGCACAUCAACUGUUCGACAAAUUGCCUGUUCCAUGUAAUAUAAACGAAAAAACAAAAAACUCAAAUCAUCGAAAUUAUAAAACAAUGCCUUUCGGUUUAGUUUCAGCUUGGAAUAAGCGUCGAAGAAGCAAAUCCCAGGAUCAUACUGACCCAUGGGUCUAUAAACCAGUUGAGUGUUGGCAAAUUGAUGGAAAUCAUGCAUCGAGGCCGAUGAAAAGACGCCAUGGAUCAUCUGUUUUUACUCUUAAGGAGAUGGAGGAAGCAACGGGUUGUUUCAGUGAUGAGAAUCUGCUUGGGAAAGGAGGGUUUGGUCGAGUUUAUAAGGGCACUCUUAGAUCAGGAGAGGUUGUUGCAAUAAAAAAAAUGGACCUUCCAGCAUUCAAAGAAGCAGAAGGCGAACGUGAAUUUCGUGUGGAAGUGGAUAUCUUAAGCCGACUCGACCAUCCAAAUUUGGUGUCUUUGAUUGGUUAUUGUGCUGAUGGGAAGCAUCGGUUCUUAGUCUAUGAAUACAUGCAAAAAGGGAACUUGCAAGAUCAUUUAAAUGGUAUUGGUGAAACAAAAAUGGAUUGGCCUUCAAGGUUGAAAGUGGCACUUGGUGCAGCUAGGGGGCUUGCUUACCUCCAUUCAAGCUCUGCCGUUGGAAUUUCAAUUGUUCAUAGAGAUUUCAAGUCCACCAAUGUCCUUCUCAAUGCCAACUUUGAAGCGAAGAUAUCCGAUUUUGGAUUGGCCAAAUUGAUGCCAGAGGGUCAUGACAUUUAUGUGACAGCCAGAGUUCUUGGAACAUUUGGUUACUUUGAUCCUGAAUAUACAUCAACGGGUAAACUAACUUUACGUAGUGAUGUUUAUGCAUUCGGAGUGGUUCUUUUGGAGCUUUUAACGGGACGCAGAGCUGUUGACAUAAACCAAGGACCAAAUGAUCAAAACCUUGUACUCCAAGUUAGGCAUAUAUUGAAUGAUCGAAAGAAGUUACGUAAAGUGAUUGAUCCAGAGAUGGCUCAGAGUUCAUACACCAUUGAAUCUAUAGCUAUGUUCGCGAACCUGGCAUCACGUUGCGUCCGUGUUGAGAGCGGAGAGCGGCCGUCGAUGCCGGAAUGUGUGAGAGAACUCCAACUUAUUUUCAGCACAAAUGCAAAAGGCCUAGGCAUGGGUUUUAGGAUGCGGUAAAGAGUUUAAAGAAUUGAGAAAAUACAAAUUUUUUUUAGCAGCACUGAAAUUGUGUCAUAUGUAUAUAUAUAUAUAUAUGAUACAAAGUUUAAAGAAUUAUGAGCAAAAAAAAAUGCAUUAUCACUGUGCCAAUUCGGUAUCGAAAAAUAUCCGUGUAGGAUCUGUGGACAUCUAAUUUUGUCCACUAAGUGAUAAUAUAUUUUAAUAUGUUUAAUUGUAGUCUAGCAUCACUUGUUUGUUUGUCAAUGUUUUGCUUAUUGGAGCUAAAUGCAUGCAUUGAUAAUUUGUAUACAAUAUUGUGAAAUAUAAAUAAAAUUGUGAACAAAUUGCUCUC